AGCAAUAGGCUAUACCAUAUAGCUUAGAUGUAUAGUAGUCUGUGCCAUCUAGGUUUGUGUAAGUACACUCUAUCAUGUUUGUACAACAUUGAAAUUCUCUAAUGACACAUUUCUAAGAACAUAUCCCCAUCACUAAGUGAUGCAUGACUGUACAACAUAGUUUGUCAGAAGGUGGUAAUCAUCAUGAAAAAAAAUAAUAACUAUAUGAGUGGUAUUAGGAGUAUAUCCCAAGCAUAGCACUUUAAAAAAUUUAUUAUAAUUUAAUGUUUUCUAUUUUAUUAUUUCUGUUCUAUCAUGUAGGGCAAAGAUUUCCUUUCUUAUGAAUCUUUUUUUACCCUUUGCUCAGUAAAGGCUCAUAGCAGUUGGUAAAUUAAUAUAUCUUAACUUACUUAAUAGCCAUUUCUUUUACUCAUCCAAUAUCAUUAUGACAUGGACAUAAUUCUUAUUUCAAAUGAAGAGUCUUGGAAUUCUAAAUUGCAGCUCUUUCUCCUUCAGUUACCAAGCUACCUAAUAUAGGAAAUGUAAUAGUUGGACUUUAAAUGAAGCUCUCUUUUGCUCCACAUCUUGAAUUGCUGCAAAUCUGAGUGUUUUUUGACUUUAUAUCUUUCACUGCAUUGAGCCUACACCUUUUUACUCAUAGAGAAUAUUUGAAGAGCAGAUAGAUCCUGGCUCCACAAGGAUAAAACAGAUCUUUGGUUUGAGUAGAAAGAAGCCUGAGGAACAGAAUCUAUCAUGGAAGGACACCUUCUGAACUGAGACCUGCCUCAGAGGCUGGAGAGUCCUGGGAAAGAGUGGAUCCUGGAGUUGCUACACCUGGAGUUUAUCUUGACGCUUCUCCUAUCCAGAGCGGGGAAGGUGUGAAUGACUUCUCAACUUUCAGAGAUCAGCAAUAGCUGUGUGACAAUGGAGCAUUUGACCCAGAUGUUGGAAAGGAGAGCUUGGUGUUCUCAGAACUAUGCCCUUUCGGAGGAAGAAGAGGAUACAACCAGAUCUCUUGUCACAGUGACAUUUAAAGACGUUGCUGUGGACUUCACCCAGGAGGAGUGGCAGCAAAUGAAACCUGCUCAGAGGAACUUGUACCGGGAUGUGAUGCUAGAGAACUAUAGCAACCUAGUCACAGUGGGCUGUCAAGUCACCAAACCUGAUGUGAUAUUUAAAUUAGAGCAAGAAGAGGAGCCAUGGGUGUUGGAGGAAGAAAUGUUUGGGAGGCACUGUCCAGAAGUUUGGGAAGUUGAUGAACAGAUCAAGAAGCAACAGGAAACACUUGUGAGAAAAUUCACACCCAUCUCCAAGAAAACCCUGAUUAAGGAAAAAGUAAUUGAAUGUAAAAAAGUUGCAAAAAUAUUUCCUCUGAGCUCAGACAUUGUUACUUCGAGACAAAACUUCUAUGAAUGUGACUCACUUGAUAAGAGUUUGGAACAUAAUUUAGGCCUAAAUAGUUAUGAGAAAGGCUGUGUAAGAGAGAAAAAUUAUGAAUGUAAUGAUUAUGAAAAACCAUUUUACUAUUGUUCGUCCUAUGUUGUAUCCCCCUUUAAGUGUGGUCAGUGUGGACAAGACUUCAGUCAUAAAUUUGACCUCAUGAGACAUGAGAGAAUUCAUGCUGGAGAGAAACCUUAUGAAUGUAAGGAGUGUGGAAAAGCCUUCAGCAGGAAGGAAAAUCUUAUUACACAUCAGAAAAUUCAUACUGGGGAAAAACCAUAUAAAUGUAAUGAAUGUGGAAAAGCUUUCAUUCAGAUGUCAAACCUUAUUAGACACCAAAGAAUUCACACUGGGGAGAAACCUUAUGCAUGUAAGGAUUGUUGGAAAGCCUUCAGCCAGAAAUCAAAUCUUAUUGAACAUGAGAGAAUUCACACUGGAGAAAAACCCUAUGAAUGUAAGGAAUGUGGGAAGUCCUUCAGCCAGAAGCAAAAUCUCAUUGAGCAUGAGAAAAUUCAUACUGGGGAGAAACCUUAUGCAUGUAAUGAAUGUGGUAGAGCUUUUUCUCGAAUGUCAUCUGUUACUCUACAUAUGAGAAGUCACACAGGGGAGAAACCCUAUAAAUGUAAUAAAUGUGGAAAAGCUUUCUCUCAAUGCUCAGUAUUUAUUAUACAUAUGAGAAGUCAUACUGGUGAGAAACCCUAUGUAUGUAGUGAAUGUGGGAAAGCUUUCUCUCAAAGUUCAUCCCUUACUGUACAUAUGAGAAAUCAUACAGCUGAGAAACCAUAUGAAUGUAAUGAAUGUGGAAAAGCCUUCAGCCGGAAAGAAAAUCUUAUUACACACCAGAAAAUUCAUACUGGAGAGAAACCUUAUGAAUGCAGUGAGUGCGGGAAAGCCUUUAUACAGAUGUCCAACCUCAUUCGACACCAAAGAAUUCAUACUGGUGAGAAACCCUAUGCAUGUACAGUGUGUGGGAAAGCCUUUAGUCAGAAAUCAAAUCUCACUGAACAUGAGAAAAUUCAUACUGGAGAGAAACCCUAUCAUUGUAAUCAGUGUGGAAAAGCUUUCAGUCAGAGACAAAAUCUUCUUGAGCAUGAAAAAAUUCACACUGGAGAGAAACCAUUUAAAUGUAAUGAAUGUGGUAAAGCUUUCUCUCGAAUCUCAUCUCUUACUCUUCAUGUAAGAAGUCAUACAGGGGAGAAACCUUAUGAAUGUAAUAAAUGUGGAAAAGCCUUUUCUCAAUGCUCAUUACUUAUUAUACAUAUGAGAAGUCAUACUGGUGAAAAACCCUUUGAAUGUAAUGAAUGUGGGAAAGCAUUCUCUCAAAGAGCAUCCCUUUCUAUACAUAAGAGAGGUCAUACAGGUGAGAAACGACGAGUGUACUAAGUGAAGGAAGGCCUUGUCUUAAAUUCAGCAUUGUUUUACUUAAAAUAUCUUGGUGUAAUCUAAAAAAAAAUGAAUAAAAUCUUUAUGGAAAAAUUGUAA